CGUAGGUCGGGGUCAGUCUUACUUUGCACAGAGAGAGAAAAAAAUAUCAAAAGAGGAGAGAGAUAGAAAAAGAGGGCAGAGAGAGAGAGAGAGAAAAACUUCUCGCUGCUUCGUCAAUGGCCAUUAGGGUUUCUUAUUGAUCCAACCAAACUCAAUCCAUUCACUGCAAUUGUUUUCUCUCUCAUUCUCCUUCGUUUCAAAACCCUAAUUUACUGUCCUCGGUAUUGGUUAUGCUCGUUAUUGCUUUCAAUUUUGACGAGCUGUUAUGGGUGCGCCAGAGAAACCACAGACUAACGCUAAUUCGAUGCAGCGUGUCAAGGUGUACCGUCUGAAUGAUGAUGGAAAAUGGGAUGACCAGGGUACUGGGCAUGUAACUAUUGAUUAUAUGGAGCGAUCAGAGGAGCUGGGCUUAUUUGUUUAUGAUGAAGAAGACAACGAGACUAUACUUUUGCAUCGCAUCAGUUCUGAUGAUAUUUAUAGGAAGCAAGAAGAUUCAAUUAUCUCAUGGAGAGAUCCAGAAUAUUCCACAGAACUGGCGCUUAGCUUUCAAGAGCCUAGCGGAUGCUCUUACAUAUGGGACCAUAUUUGCAAUGUGCAGAGGAAUAUGCAUUUCAAUACUUUAAAUAAUGAGCCAUUUCAGAGCACUAACAGCGAGUUAAGGGAGUUGCCUGCUGUUGAACUAACAACACUACCUUUGAUUCUUAAGACUGUUGUUGACAGCAGCAUUUCAGAUCAAAUACGAGUAACAGAGCUACUAUCAAGUAAUCAAGAAUUUUUCCGGAAGCUGAUGGAGUUAUUUAGAAUGUGUGAAGACUUGGAAAACAUGGAUAGCCUUCACACGAUUUACAAAAUCGUCAAAGGGAUCAUUUUACUUAAUAGUCCACCAAUUCUUGAGAAAAUUUUUAAGGACGAGUUUAUAGUGGACAUUAUCGGUGCCCUUGAGUAUGAUCCAGAAAGUACUACUGUUCAGCAUCAUCGUAAAUUCUUAAAGGACCAUGUUGUUUUUAAGGAGGCCAUACCUAUAAAAGAUCCCAAUGCACUGGCGAAGAUACAUCAGACAUAUAGAGUUGGCUAUUUGAAGGAUGUUGUUUUGGCCAGAGUCUUAGACGAUGCUACUUGUGCAACCAUUAACUCCAUAAUACAUGCAAACAAUGCCUUUGUUAUUGCUAUGUUGAAGGACGACAAUACAUUCAUCCAGGAGUUGUUUGCUAGGUUAAAAUCACCCAGCACGUCUCAAGAGUCAAAGAAGAACUUGGUACAUUUCUUGUAUGAGUUUUGUAGUGUAAGCAAGAGCUUACAGAUGGUCCAGCAGCUUCGGCUUUUUAGGGAUCUGAUGAAUGAAGGAAUCUUUGACAUUGUCAGUGAUGUUCUGCAAAGUCAAGACAAAAAACUUGUGCUAACUGGAACAGACAUCCUCCUUCUUUUUAUGAAUCAGGAUCCUAAUCUUUUGCGAUCAUAUGUUGUUCGGCAGGAAGGAGUUGCUCUUCUAGGACUCUUGGUUAAGGGAAUGGUAACAGAUUUCGGAGAGAGCAUGCACUGCCAGUUUCUUGAGAUUCUUCGUAUUCUAUUGGACUCGAGUACAUUGUCUGGACCACAGAGGGACACUAUCAUUGACAUCUUCUUUGAGAAGCAUUUGGGUCAACUGAUUGAGGUUAUAACAGCGUCAUGUCCUUCAGAAAAUAUUGCCGAUGCAAGUAUUAAAUCAACAAAUCCUGGACAAAGUGUUCAAUUUCAGCGCAAAACAAAACCAGAGAUAUUAUUGAACAUAUGUGAAUUACUAUACUUUUGUGUCCUUCAUCACCCAUACAGGAUAAAGUGCAAUUUCCUUGUCAAUAGUGCAAUUGAAAACAUUUUGCUCCUCACACGGAGAGCAGAAAGAUACUUAGUUGUCUGUGCGGUCCGGUUUGUUCGAACUGUUCUCUCCCGCAAUGAUGAGCAUAUGCUAAAUUAUUUCGUGAAGAAUAACAUUCUCAAACCAAUUAUAGACGCCUUUGUUGCUAAUGGUAAUCGUUACAAUCUUCUCAACUCUGCUGUUCUGGAACUUUUCGAGUAUAUUCGGAAGGAGAAUGAUCUGAAAUUAUUGCUAAAACACCUAGUUGAUUCUUAUUGGGGUCAGCUGGUAAAAUUUGAGCAUUUGGUCUCAAUUCACUCGCUGAAAGUAAAAUAUGAGCAGUGUGUGGAUAAUGGUGGGACUAAUGGUGCUGCGGUAGUGGACCUUCGAAGACGAAUUGAUGAGCGUGCUGUGGAGAGAGAAGAAGAAGAACGCUAUUUUAAUGAGGACAGGUGCAUAUCUUCUUUCUUAACUAUCAUAAGAUUUUUUAAUUUUUUAUGUAGUUGUUGUGGAGUCUCUGAACUUUGGGGAAAUUUUAUCAGUGAUGAGGAUGAUGUAGCGUCUGUAUCUGUUUCACGUGAUCAUAAAGGUCAUCAACAGCCUAGUCUUUCCAAUGGAGUUACACCAAAGCAUCCGCAGUCAAGUCGAAGGUCACUGGUUGACUAUGAGGAUGAUGAGGACGAUGAAGAUUAUAAACCACCACCAAAGAAGCAAAAAGAAACAUCAGAGGAAGAUGAAGGGAUACUGGAGUCUCUCAGGCUGAAAAGGAAACUUCCUUCAAAGGAUAAAGAUCCCGAACUUGUGAAGAAACAGAAGCUAACAAAGAACUCAAAAUCUAAAGAUAGUGUUUUUGCUGCCUUGUGUUCAACAUUGAGCCAAGCUGUGUUACCAAGUAAGAAAUCUGCAAUCAAUAUCCAUACGGGUGCUCAAACAGUUGAAGGGAGGACGAGUUCUAGUGAAGACAAUCAGGAAGACAGACAAAAUGUUACUAGAAGCAGCGCUGAUAAUAGCAACAUAGGAGCUGAAGAUAACCUUGUAGAGAAAGAUUCUUCAGCCUCUAGAAGUUUUUCUGAUCGAUUGCAUGCAAAAUCAGAUAACAAACAAAUAGGAGGUGAGGAACGUCCGCUGCUUCCUCCCAAAUCCUCGCCAGAGAUGGCUGUGAAUGGAUCAUAAGCUUCUACACUCGUACAAAGGGGCAAAUUGUUUAUUGUGUUUGACGUAUAAAUUUGCUGGUGGCUGAGUCAUUGCUGACUAUAAAAGAAGCAUGCUGUGUGAGACAAAAGGAAUUUUACCUAGAGGGGUGUAAUGGUUAUCCUGCAUCGAGGGCAUGUGGUGUGGAAGUAGUACUGUACAGUGCCACCAAGGUGGGAGAAUAUUAAUACAGAAAAGUGGUUGUUGCUUUCGCAUAACUUAUCUAACUUUUCUGAGCAAUAGUUUUGUAUUUUUCUCCUCUCCAAAUUUUACCUCUUCCAGCUCAUUUAUUUACUUUUAUAGCUUUUGCCGCAGGGCGAGUACCCAAUUUGUAGAUGAGAGGUGAUAUUUUUUAACAUUAUUCCUCUUUUUAAGUUAUUUGAACUCGAUGACAGGGGGUGCCAAUAUUUGCCCUACACAGGUUUUUCUUAUGUUUUUUUUCUCUCCCCUUUUUGGUGGUGAAUUGUAGGGAUUGGGAUGUAUGUGCCAGUGUGUUUUUAGGGCCAUUUUUUACGACUGUUCUUGGGAAUCAUCCAUUGUAAAUCUGUAUGAAACUGUUGAUAUGCAAUGGUCUCUGUGCAGUUCUUCUA